CUAAAAUUUUACUGGCCUGAAGACAAUAAUAAUCUCAAAAAGAAUCUCUGCACAGUCUGCACAGAGUCAUCACUCAUCGCCCAACGCACCCUUUCGUCUCUUACAAAAGCCUUAAACCCUUAACGAUUCCACAACAAGGUCGCCCAAAUCUGCCAUGGAUAUCCCAGAAAAGCUUCUCAAAUACAAAUUCUACAUCCUUUCGGCCAUUACUUUAUGCUCAUCCGUCUUUUUUAUCAUCUAUCUUGCUCCUCCAGUUCUCGAUAUUAUUAAGUACUUUUGGCCUCUUCUCGUCUCGACGGCGCUCUUCCUCGUUGCCGUAUUUAUUUUUGGCCGGAUUUCUCCGCCACCGCCAUCUGCCCCCGAUGAAAAGGCCGUAGAAGGAUUGUUGGACUACGUUGCCGGUCAGCCGGAGCAAUUACAUGCUGCCGCCGUACAAGAACCAGAAGAAGAUAGUUUCAGAGCCCAUUAAUGCUUUAUUAUGUAAUUUUAUGACUCAUCUGAGCCUCUUUUUGUUUCGCUUUAUUCGUAGAUUCUGGAAUCGAGAGAGGUCUUAAUAUCUUAUUUCUAACAAAAUAACCUUUUAUUUUUUCUUGGGAAAAUUGCAACAAUGGUACUUAAGCUUUU